AUGCACAGCUUGCUUCGAUUGUUUGGUCCCGUAUCUGUUGUACAAUUGCAGCUGCUUCCAGCUUCGUUACCGUGGCGAACAUUUUCCAAGGCAAUCGAUCACAGCCGUGUCCCGGUACUGCGUGAAGAAGAGCUGGAGGAAUCGUUUGUCCGUGGCAGUGGCCCCGGAGGACAGGCGGUUGCGAAGACAAAUAACAAGGUCGUAUUAACCCACAAACCGACCGGCAUCGUUGUGCAGUGCCAUGCCACACGCUCACUGUUUGAAAAUCGUCGAGAGGCGCGGAAGAUGCUGGUUGGGAAGUUGGACCAACUGUACAACGGCGAUCAGUCAGUGGAAGCACAACUGCAACGGAUUGAAUCGAAGAAACAGACCGAAACGGCCAGACGCAAGCAAAAGCUUCAGGCGAAGAAAAAGGCUUGGAAGGAGCGUGAAUUUGGGGAUGAUUCGGAAAAGACUUCCUAA